AUGCGCACGUUUGCCGACGGUAGCAUGAAGCUGCGUCUCAUUUCGGCGAAGUUCGCUCACAAGGAGCUGCAGUCGAGAUACGCACGAGCCGACCUGAUGUUUACAGAAAAGAUGCGCAAUGCUAAAGAGCGUGGUUCAAACCUCGUGCCACUCAUUUGCUACGGUCUACAGGAACUCAAGGCAACGGAUUUGGGCCAGAGCGCACUGCAGCUUGAAAGCGUGCAGGAGAAUAUCAAGGACCGAUUGGACAAGUUUUUUCUUGGCCGCAUUGGCAUUCGCAUGAUCAUCGGACACCACGUCGAGUCAUUGGAGCAAACUGGUGGUCGAGUGCAUUUGGUUAAUGCCGAGCAGGUCAUUCGUGUGACUCCCAGCGCCAACAUGCCUUUCUUGUACGUCGAGUCGCACUUGUACCACAUGGUGUUCGAGUUGGUCAAGAACUCGAUGCGAGCCACCCGUGUAAUGAACCCGAAGAGUCCGUCGUUGGAUUUUUACAUCCCAGCCGUCGAGGAGGUUGCAGGAAUUGUGAUUUGCCAAGGCAGUGAAGACCUGACCGUCAAGGUGAGUGACGAGGGUGAAGGUGUUCCACGCAGUCGCUGGAACAAGAUGUGGCACUACGACUACACCACGAGUCCGUUGUACCCGCCUAUUAACUCGGACAACUACCCGACGUACUGCGAGCACUUCAGUGGCGGUGGCUACGGUAUGCCUAUGGCAGGACUGUUUGCUCGUUACUUUGGUGGCGAAGUAGUUUUCAGCUCGCAGGAGGGCUCCGGGUCAACGGUAUUCAUCCAGGCGCACCGUUUGGGAACGAACAUGGAGCUGGUCCCGCGUUGGAAGAGAAUGCUACCAUCGGCUUCAUCACAUCCUCUUUGA